CAACACAAGAGAAUACACACAGGGGAGAAGCCUUACCACUGCUCUCAGUGUGGCAAGUGUUUCAACCUGUCAGGGGAUCUGAAACAACAUGAGAGAAUACACACUGGGGAGAAGCCUUAUCGCUGCUCCAUGUGUGGAAAGUGUUUCAACCAGUCAGGACACCUGAAAACCCAUGAGCUAAUACACACAGGGGAGAAUUCUUACCACUGCUCCCAGUGUGGAAAGUGUUUCAAACGGUCAGUUGAUCUAAAAAAACACGAAAGAAUACACACAGGAGAGAAGCCUUACCACUGCUCCCAGUGUGGAAAGGGUUGUUACCGGUUAUGGGACCUGAAACAACACGAGAGAAUACACACGGGGGAGAAGCCAUACCACUGCUCCCAGUGUGGAAGGUGUUUCAGUCUGUCAGGACACCUGAAAGCUCAUGAGCUAAUACACACGGGAGAGAAGCCUUACCACUGCUCCCAGUGUGGCAAGUGUUUCAACAGGUCAGGGGAGCUGAAAAGUCACGAGAGAAUACACACAGGGGAAAAGCCUUACCACUGCUCCCAGUGUGGAAAGUGUUUUAACAAGUUGGGGGGCCUGAAACAACAUGAGAGAAUACACACGGGGGAGAAGCCUUACCACUGCUCCCAGUGUGGAAAGUUUUUCUGCUGGUCAGGGAAUCUUAAAAGACAUGAGAGAAUACACACAGGGGAGAUGCAUUACCACUCCUCCCAGGGUGCAAAACUUUUGCCCAUUUAGGAAGCCUGAAAGAACACGAGACAGAGGAGAAGGCUUACCACUGCCCGCAUUGUGGAAAGAGUUUUAACCAGAAAAACAACCUAAAACAACCUGAUCCAACACGAGAAAAUACACAGAGGGGAGAUUACCACUCCUGAAUCCACACAGGAGAGAGAAAUGACUUCUCUUAGCAUGUAUAUUGAUAUUUCACAUCUCAUUGACUCACAACUCAUCAGAGAACAUACACAGUGCUCCCAUUGUCUUAUAUUGUUGACUGAUAAUGUGUUGACCUGUUUUUACCAUAUGAAAUUGCUUCUUCCAAUUAUUGAGUAACAUGUACCUGUUAAGAAACUGACUGUUAGAACUGUUAAGGUUCCAUGGAUUGAUGAGGAAUUUAAAAAACUGUAUGUUUGAAAGAGAUGUGGCAAAAUGAGUAGCGAAUAAGUCUGGCUGCACAUCUGGCUGGCUUAUGUACGGCAAAUUGAGAAAUUAUGUGACCAAACUCAACAAAAAUAAUAAACUUUAUUAGGAAGCCAA